CUGAGUUUUCCAUUGUCCACAUAACAUGCUGCUAAAAGGAGACCUGCCUCGUUCCUUGUAGUAAAAACGUACCACAAAUGGACCGCAGCUUGAAGCGCCGGCAGGUGAAGCCACUUGCUGCCUCUCUCUUAGAUGCCCUGGACUAUGACAGCUCAGAUGACAGUGACUUUGAAGUGGGAGAUGCCUCAGGGUCAGACGGCACAGGCAACGGCAGUGAUGAAGAGGGGUCUAAAGCGAGCGCUGCAGGUUCGGAAAGUGACUCGGAAAACGCUGGUUCUGCAGAUGAUGGUAUAGAUGAGGAGGAGGCCAAAGACUUGGCUGGUGAGGACAGCUUAAUGGAAGAUGAAGAGAAGACCAAACAGCAGCCUUCCUCAGACAGCUCCACCAAAGACACCCCUGCUGUCACCCCACUUAAAGGCCGACGCAAGAGCAAGAAAACAUCAGAACCUGAGCCUGCUCCAGCUGCAGGUACUGCCUCGACUUCCGGGUCUGGCAGUGUGAGCACUGAGGAGAGUCAGUCCGAGCCCAAGAAAUGGAAUUUCCGCAGGAACCGUCCAUUGCUGGACUUCACCACCAUGGAGGGGCUGAACGAGAUGGACGAUUACGACAGCGAGGACGAUAAUGACUGGAGACCCACAGCAGAGAAGAAGAAAAGCAAAGCAGCCACCCAGAAAGGAGGCACAGAGGAAGAGGAUGGUGGCAGUGCUAGCGAUGAUGACGACGACGAUGAUAACGACGACGAUGAUGAUGAAGAUGAUGACGAUGACAAGGAAGAUGGUGAUGAUGACAACAACAACAGUAGCAGUGAUAGUGACAAAGAGGUGAAGAAACCAGUGAAGAAGCCGAAGAACACUUUUGAUGAAGAGCUCACUAAUGACAGCAUGUCCCAGGGAAAGGGCAACGAGGAUGCCUUGUUGGACCGGUCCCAGACCUGGAGCACUCAGCACAUCCUCAUCUGCUGCGUCUGUCUGGGAGACAACAGCGAGGACGCAGACGAGAUCAUCCAGUGUGACAACUGUGGGGUGACUGUGCACGAAGGGUGUUACGGCGUGGACGGCGAAAGCGACUCCAUCAUGAGCUCGGCCUCGGAGAAUUCGACAGAGCCUUGGUUCUGUGACGCCUGUAAGAACGGAGUGACUCCCAGCUGUGAGCUCUGCCCCAACCAGGAUGGCAUCUUUAAAGAGACGGACGCCGGGAGAUGGGUGCAUGUGGUUUGUGCACUCUAUGUUCCCGGAGUAGCAUUUGGAGACAUUGAUAAACUACGACCAGUGACGCUCACAGAGAUGAAUUAUUCAAAAUACGGGGCCAAGGAGUGCAGUUUCUGUGAAGACGCCCGUUUUGCCAGGACUGGUGUGUGCAUCAGCUGUGAUGCAGGAAUGUGUCGGUCCUACUUCCAUGUCACGUGUGCACAGAGGGAGGGACUUCUGUCUGAGGCUGCAGCAGAGGAGGAUAUUGCAGAUCCAUUUUUCGCAUACUGCAAACAGCAUGCCGACCGCUUUGACAGGAAGUGGAAAAGGAAGAAUUACCUGGCCUUACAGUCUUACUGCAAGGUCUCUCUGCAGGAGAGAGAGAAACAGCUUACUCCUGAAGCUCAGGCCCGAAUCACGACCCGCCUGCAGCAGUACAGGGCAAAGGCAGAGUUGUCCAGGAACACCCGACCUCAGGCGUGGGUACCCCGGGAAAAGCUGCCGCGACCUCUGACCUCUAGUGCCUCAGCUAUCAGGAAGCUGAUGAGGAAGGCGGAGCUGAUGGGCAUCAGCACUGACAUUUUCCCUGUGGACACGUCCGACGCCAACGCCAGCAUGGACGGACGCAGGAAACACAAGCAGCCUGCCCUCACAGCAGACUUUGUCAAUUACUACCUGGAGCGGAACAUGCGAAUGAUCCAGAUCCAGGACAACAUCUCUGAACAGAAGAACUUAAAAGACAAGCUGGAGAGCGAGCAAGAAAAACUGCACGUGGAGUACAACAAGCUCUGUGAGUCUCUGGAGGAGCUGCUGAAUGUGAAUGGAGAGUUGCGGGGCGAAGGCCAGGCCAUGUGGACUCUGCUGGGGGGCAUCCUGGGCCAGAAACUAAACACUCCAGCUGUUCUGAAGGCCCCAAAAGAGAGGAAGCCCAGCAAGAAGGAGGGGGGAACCCCAGGGAAGUCAUCCAGCCUGCCAGCCAUCCUCUACAGCUGUGGCAUCUGUAAGAAGAACCAGGACCAACAUCUGCUGGUGCUGUGUGACACCUGCAAGCUCUACUACCACCUGGGCUGCCUGGAGCCCCCACUUACACGCAUGCCCAAGAAGACCAAGAACAGCUACUGGCAAUGCUCCGAGUGUGACCAGGCCAGCAGCGAUGAGGCCGAUAUCGCCAUGGAGACGCUACCUGAUGGCACCAAGAGGUCCAGGAGGCAAAUCAAAGGACCAAUCAAAUUCAUCCCACAGGAGAUGUCACCAGAGCCCAAGAAACAUCAAGUGAGAGGCACGAGAACCAGAGGACAGAAGAGGAAGCGACUUCCCAUCUGUGAAGACAAAGAGGAUAAAAUGGAGGAACCACUGCCACGGGAACGCAGACAGCGGCAGUCUGCAAUGCAGAAAAAACCCAAAGCCGAAGACACGAGGACUGAGUGUACAACCUGCAAAGGACCGGGCGACAACGAAAACCUAGUGAGGUUGUGAGAGCCGGGGCAGCCACCUCACCUCCCAAAAAAACUCGGAACAGAUGACCGUUGGCUUAGAGACAGAGAGAGGCAAAUUGAGGCAUUUGAAGAAUGGUGCUCGGGUCAGGCUGGAGAACCAGACCGUCACGCCGCCCCCCUCCCCCCCACCCGCAACCACCUCUAAUCCAAACUGGACCAACAACCGUCCAACGAAAAUUGAGCGGAACUCUCUGAAUCUAAAUUAUGGAAUCCAAAUCAUGAAAGGUUGCUUUGAACCAGUGAUGUUUGGUUAAAGUUGGACUCUCAACUGCUUGUAUACACUACAACUAACUUGGUUGAUGGGUUAUUCUAUUGUUUUGGGGUUUUUUUCUUUAUAAUUAGGGCUCCAGUUGCAUCUAUGCAAAGUUCUGCAUCUACAAAGUUUUAACUCAAAAAAAAAGGUUAUCUAUUCAUACAGCUCAUGGGUUAAAACAUUUUGGGAAGUAAACACAAUAAAGUCAUCGAAGCUCAUUGUGCUGCUUGUGUAGCCCGGUGAGAUGAAGAGCUUUACCACUGAGCCAACUGAUAGAUGCAACUGUUCCAUGUUUAUCUUUUAUUACCGAGUCCUUCAAAUGGCAAGUGGCAUCAUUGCUUCCUUAAUGUGAUGUAUUUUAUUUUGAAAUAAGAUGUUGGGGCAUUAUAUGAGACCAGUGCAACAUCAUGCCACCGCUGAAGACGCACUGGUUUCCGUGUAGUUGCAGUUGGGAUCUUUGAGUCUGUGUUCAAAUCUUGCUGUUGUGCGUCAUUAGCUGGUCCGAGGCUGAUGAGCUAAGUUUGUUCGGCGUCUUCACUCCGUACGGAGCGAGGGAAAUACUCUCGGCUUGUUGAUCACGUUGCUCACGGCGUGGCAGCUCAGCACAAAAAGCUCAAGGAGCUAUAAAAGUAAUAAAACUGCUGCGCUCUCUCUGCUACAGCUGACUUUUGCAUCAUCUGACUUUGGACUCUCCCGAAUCGAUCCUCUCUAUGCCUCUAGGUACUCACCUGCAUCCAGCACAUUUGGGAAAAUAUUUUAGAUCAACAGAUUUUUUUUCAUUGGCGCUGGGCUGCACUGUUGACCUAACCCCCCGUCCCAUUCGACCUCUCAUCAGUGCCAAUCAGUAGUAUUGAUCGAAGUCAUCAUCAACACCCAAUCACUCGUAGGAAUUUCAGUGUGAAGUUGGUUAAUUGCAGACGCGGUUGAACAUAGGCUUUCUCAGACGUGAGUGUCGUGUUGUGUUUUUUUUUUUAAAGUGGAGGACCAGAAGUGUUGUUUAUAGAAAAGCCAACAGUUUCUGGUCUGUCAGUUGUAGCAGUAAAAUAAUGCUGCGUUUAAAGCAUCUGUAGUCGAAACAAACUAGUGUAGUUAGUGGUUAUAGCAUUUAAAUAUUAGUCCAAAUGUCUUUAGUGUCUUUAGGCAUUUAGAAGUCUUCCUCUGUCUCCAUAUCUUGAAGUGACAGUUCAACUUGACACGUCCUCAGAAAGAACUCCAGCUUUGUCUCCAUGUCCCUGGUGGCCCCAUAGUCAGUGCUGUCAAAACAACAGCUGCUUGCUGCUCUGUCAGGGCGCAUGAGAAGUGUCACAUCCUGCCCUCAUGUGUCACUCCGUAGCCUAUCCGGGGGGGGGGGGGGGGCAGUGUGCAUGCUUUUGGGAGCAGUCAAACCCAAUGCCGUUGUACUGCUUGUUGCCUCCGUGGUGUGUGUCCGCAAACAACACCUCGAUGGGUUUUGUCUUGUCUGGAGGGGUGACGAGAUCUCGGUGCAGAAUGACUGGCUGACUUCCCGACGAGUUCCUUCCCAUCACUCAUACUCAGCCGGUCUGGAAAGGCUGCGUGUCUCUUCUCCAAUGCAUGGCUCUAUCUAUUUACCCAGAUCUGUAUAAUACUUUAAAACUGAAAAUAAGUGAUGUGGUCUUGUUAGAAAUCUGAAUGCCGGGUAGCUAUGUAGUGCGACGAUGUGUACAGUAUUUAUUGAAGAGGCCAAACAUACAUAUUUUCUUUUUUUCUUUUUCUUUUUUUUUUGUGCCUACAUAUUUGAUUACAUAUCAUGAGCUUGUGUUGUGAACAGAGUUGAACUCUGACUUGUGAUGUAGUCUUGGAGCGACUACCAUGCUUUCUUUUAAUUGCCAAACAUUUGUUUACAGACAUGCUUUUAAGGGAAUAUUUCAGAUUAAUGGUGUACUGUGUUACUGUGAUACUGUAUGAAGUAAGAAUAUGAAUGUUGCUGCUGUUGUGUAUGUGAAGUGUCUCAGCCUCUGGCUUACAGCUCUUGAAAAUUAAGCGGAGCUUUAAUAAACUCUUGAC